AUGGAGGAUUUUCCGCAGGCAUAUGUUGACACGGCAUCACCGCUCGUGAUUCUUUCCGGGCUUGGGGAUGACGAGAACGCGAAUCAAACGGGCUUUGGACAAGACAGCGGCGCUCGCAUAAUCACGGAAUCUCCAGAGUGUCGUACAGAGCAGGCGAGCAGAUUGUUGCAACAGUUCGUAGCCCUAGGUGGAAACAGGUACGCAGCAGAACCGUCCGGAAACAUUCGGUGCAAGAUCAAGUGUAUAGGGCGACACUAUACCCUGCCAGCACGAAAGUCGGCCCCCAUCGCAAAUCAACCAGGUGCAGAAGGAAUUCCAAUACCGCGGAGCACAGAGCUGCAUUCUCCCCUGUCACCGCUUUCUCCAGGCUCUCCUGUCUUCCCGGAUGGWUUGUUCUCGCCAGCCUGGUUUCUCAAGCAUCAAUACCAAGUUCCUUGCCUGCUAUUGACCUUCUUUUCUCUCAAUUCUGGAGAGGGCAGCUCUCAAGAUGAACGAACGAAGAGCGAUAUCAACGCGGUGCGAAGCGCUCUUCUUCGAUCUGGAUUCAAGACGCGUUUCGCAGCGGUACUCAUCAGUGACGCGAGCAUCAUUGAAGCGCCAGAGAUGGAAGAACGUCUGGCCUCCAUGAAACGAGCCACUAACCUGGACUCCAAAGGACUUUACUUCAUGCCUCCAAUGUCCUCCCAGGCAGAAAUCGCUAGUUUUGUUCACAACAUCAUGGCGACAAUGCAGCCCUCUUAUGUUGAAUACUAUCGUGAUCUUACGAAACAUUCACGUAGGAAAAAGGCUCGUGGCGGACCUUCUCCGCAGGCAUCUUUGCCUGUCGGUGGAGCUUCGCACUCAACAUCAACAUCAGGGUGGAACGUUCGAUACGAUGUCAAGAUGGGUGUUUUUGCGGAGUUUCGUGGUGAAAUGGACGUCGCUGAGAGGCACUUCUCUGCGGCGAUCGAGGAGCUGUUCAGCUCUGAAGGGGGUGUGCUUGAGACGACUGCGAAUUGGAGCCCAAGGUGGGACGAAGCACGAAUGCUCUCCGAUUCCAUCGCGUUGCGACUCAUUCGCUGUCAACUUUGGACUGGACAAACGAGCGGUGCGGCGCAGUCAUGGCAGAAUUACAAAGUACGAAUGCAAGACCUGAUAGAUCGCCGCGGCAAAGGAUCUUUAACAUACGGUUGGAGUGCGUGGGAGGCUCGGUGGGCCAAUAUCAUGUCCCAGUUGAUCCAAUUGGCCGAGAUACCAACCUUGCAGAAGUCUCUCAACGGCACAGAAUCGUCGUUGGACAUUACUGCCCGUCAGGUAUACGCACUCCCAGAAAAAGGAAUUGCGCCCUCUGAUCGCCUACCGCCAUUCAAUUUUUUACAUCACUCCGGCUACUGGUUGAGACUGUUUGCUAUGGGCAUAAGAAAUCGCUGGACGAGAGCUCUUGCUAUUCCUGAUGAAGACCGCGUACCGCCAGGACAAUCUCCAGCAUCGACUGUGGCGAAUCGUUUCGUGACCUAUGACACCUAUCUAGUUCCGGAGCCCCACGAAGAGAUGCCACUUUCUGGUCAAGGAUCCUUUGAUCAUGUGGGGGAGCUGGGAAUGGUAUGCAUUCGCGCUGUUGAAGAGUUCGAGGCGAGACGCCAGAUACGCCUGAGCGAGCAAAUACGUCUCGAAUUGGCCGAGGACUAUGUCCGCGUCGGUCGAUACUCUGAUGGUCUAUCGGUUCUCAUUCCACUGUGGGAAGAAUCCACGUGGCGCGAAGACAAAUGGGUAACUAUCUUUGCGAGAGUGCUGCAUUUGCUGGUUGAAUGCAUCAAACACUCCAAAUCUGCGUCAAAUGCUGCAUUGAUACCAAUCUUGACCUGGGAACUGCUCUCUAUAGGAUCUCUUGGUACUCCAGAGCAAUCUCUAGAUAUGGCAGGGUGUCUCGACGACUGGGAAUCUCAUGAGCAUGUUUCUAUACAUGUGCAGGACAAACAGAGACGUAGCCCAGUCUCUGUUGCAUUUGCUUUCAAAGACAUUUUGGCCCACGUUGGAGAAGCCUUUGGCUGUCAGCUCGUACUUGAGAACAAUGGGUCGGAGACGUCGCCGCCGUUGCAAAUCUCUAGCCUUGAAUUUAGCCUUGGGGAGACAAAGUCAAUCACCAUCAGGCAUGAGGCGGGCAUCAAGGAUGCCAUCAUCACACCAGUGUCCGCUGUUGCACUCCACGAGACUGACGACGGUAAUUUGCAGGGAUCGGCCGAUCUCACGUUGCAGGCUUCUCAGAAGAGAAUAUUGGAUCUCUCCAUAGUGAUGAGGACCGCUCAAAUUUUCUCACUGACAGAGCUUUCACUUCGUGUGAAGCACUCGAGGUUCACAUUCACGCAUAGCUUUGCAGAGGAUAGCAUCAUUCCGAGCAGUGCUUGGUAUUUUGAGCAAGAUGGCGACGUAAACACUGUGCUUAUCCCACAUAUGGACACGAAGAGCAUCGAUGUUCGCCCGAAACCACCCAAGAUGCAAGUGCUGCUGCCUGGUCUACGCAAACAGUGCUAUUGUGACGAGAACAUGGUCGUACCUGUGACUCUCAUCAACGAAGAAUGCGAGGCCGUUCAAGGAACGGUCAUCUCGAGCAUUGUGAGCGAGGCUGGAGAUACUUUCGAUGUCAGUUGGGCUCCACAUGAAGAAGCUGUCCGGACCAUAUCGAAAAUGGAGCCAUCCACGGAGUCAUCUGCGGAUUUACUGAUCAAGGGGCCGCCUGAAGCAGCCAUCUUGACUCUAACGCUGAUCCUUCGGUACCACCUGCUGUCCGACCAUUCAACGCCAUUGGAGAAGACCUUGACGGUUGAGCUUGCAUUCGUGCAUCCAUUCGAGACCAGCUUCGCGUUCAACCCUCGUUUACAUUCUGAUCCUUGGCCAAGUUACUUCGAUAGUGCUGCCAAAGAUUCGGAGGAUGCGCCAGAGGGGAUUAUUCAACUCUGGCAGCUUGAAGCACAUGUAGCGUCUUCAGUCGACCAUGCUCUGACGAUCAAUAACGUUGAGCUGGUAGUUGAUGAAACUCAAGGUGAUUGCAAUUGUGGUAUCUCUGAGAAAGCGAUGGUUCAAGAUGAAAAGAUACAGCCGAAAGAGAAAACCACGCCUACGUUCGAGCUCACCACGAGGAAGCUUUCUCUCGAUGACCGACGGCCAAGCUACCUUUUUUCGUCCCUCGUUGUACACUGGUCGCACGACGGUGGUUCCGGCGUCUCGACCACGACGAUCACCGUCCCACGCCUCACAAUACCGACUGCCGAGCCCAGGGUGCUGUGCGUGGCGAGGAACACCGAAAAAGACACCGUUACUCUCGAGUAUCAUUUGGAAAAUCCGUCGAUACACUUCCUUACAUUUGCUCUGAGUAUGGAAGCAAGCGAGAGUUUUGCGUUCAGUGGUCCAAAGUCCCGUGCGUUGAGUCUAGCACCACUUAGCAGACACCAAGUUGAUUAUCAACUGGUUGUGCAUCAGGACAUUGACACCGGUUCAGAUGAUGCUCAGGGUUUCUGGAUCACACCAAACCUCUCGGUGGUGGACUCUUUCUACAAUAAGAGCCUGAGGGUCCAACCCGGAGGGCCUGGAGUCGAGCUGAAUGGUGAGAAGCAGAUAUCUGUCUGGAUCGAGAAGCUAGACGAAACUAGCCGCAUUGGUCACGUGGCAAGGUAA